AUGCUGGCGGGCGCCAGGUUCCCGCGGCGGCGGCGGCAGCUGCAGCAGCAGCCCCGGCAGUCCCGGCCGCGGCAGCAGCCUCUCCUCUGGCCGAUGAAUGCGGACCCGCCGCCGCCGCCCUGGCUUUGGAUGGUGCCCGGCUCGGCGGCGCUGCUCCGGCUCGGCCCCGGGGUCGCGCCCCCGCCCAUGCUCCUCGCCUCCGCGCCGCCUGCCGCGGCCCCUCUGCUCCCGCGGCCGCCGGGCUGGCCGGGCCCGGGCGAGCCGCUGCUGCCGCUGCUGCCGCUGCCCUCGGCGCCGGAGCCCGCCGCCGUUCACCACCAGCCCCCGCUCCACGGACAGUGGCUGUUUGGUGGCUAUUCCCCAUCCAUAGGACUGGCCCCCUCCUCAGCUGUGGAGUUGGUGCCCAUUUUUCCACCUGUCUGCCCUUCUACCCUGCCACCUCCUGUUGGGAAAAGUUGGAUGGAUAGAAGGAUACCUAAUUGCAAGAUCUUUUUUAAUAACUCUUUUGCUCUGGACUCAACAUUGAUAUACCCUGAAGAUUCAAGACUAUUCCAUGAGCCUGAAAAGCCUCACUUUCUGGCCAACCAAGUAGCUCUGUCUCUGUGCAGGCCAGCUCCCAUCUCCAGGCCUCUCCCUGCUGUGAUAUUUGCACCUCAGCCGAUAUCAGGUGGUUGCCAUAACAGCAUGAAGCCCAUCAGCAGUGGUCCCACCGUCACCAUCUCUGCAGGCACCAUGGUCUCCUUGGACUCUGAGGGACUUCGGGGCCCAUCCUCCUCCAGCGUGCAGCCAUACCAUUUCCUGACGUUGGCACCCAUCAAAAUUCCUCUCCGGACGACGCCAUUUUCAGAUCAGAGUAAAGAGCGCAGCCGAGCACCUCGUCCUCCAGCCCUGGUGUUGCACACGGCCGAGAGGAAGAGCCUGGCUGCGGUCAAAGAGGACAAGGAACCUCCACCCAUACUAGUGAGAGGGGAGGACUCUGCAGCUAAAGGCAACAGACCUGUGGCCUCCGCACCAGUGCCUGGAUCCCCAUGGUGUGUGGUCUGGACGGGCGACGACCGGGUUUUCUUCUUCAACCCCACCAUGCAGCUGUCCGUGUGGGAGAAGCCAGUGGACCUGAAGAACCGUGGGGACAUCAACAGGAUCAUUGAGGACCCACCCCACAAGCGCAAACUGGAGGCCUCAGCAACCGACAGCAGUGAUGGAUCCAGUUCAGAAGACGGCAGUGAAGAUCAAAGCUUGAAGACCAAGAGAAACAGGACAGAAGGCUGCGAAGGCCCUGGGCCUGAGGAGGGGCCGCAAGAGGACCGGCGCCCGCAGACGCCACCCCCGCAGAUUCUCCCGCCGCUGGAGGAGCGUGUGACCCAUUUCCGAGACAUGCUUUUGGAGAGAGGGGUGUCAGCAUUUUCGACUUGGGAGAAAGAAUUACAUAAAAUUGUGUUUGACCCACGCUAUCUCCUGCUAAACUCUGAGGAGCGAAAGCAGAUAUUUGAACAGUUUGUCAAGACAAGAAUAAAAGAAGAGUACAAGGAAAAGAAAAGUAAACUGCUGCUGGCCAAAGAAGAAUUCAGAAAGCUUCUAGAAGAAUCAAAAGUGUCACCCAGGACCACCUUUAAAGAGUUUGCCGAGAAGUACGGCCGGGAUCAGAGGUUCCGACUUGUGCAGAAACGAAAGGACCAAGAGCACUUUUUCAACCAAUUCAUACUUAUUCUUAAGAAACGGGACAAGGAAAACAGACUGAGGCUCCGGAAAAUGAGAUGAGUCUUGAAAGUGUGGCAAUAGGAUAGUGGGCAACAGGGCACAAGGACGAGGGGACAGGAGGAGGCAGUGGUGUCCAGCACGUGGCUCCAGCCGUCCUCAGAGGAUUACUGUUUCAUAUUGAAGCUCCUUUUGUAUUAUGUUCAGAGUAUGAUGUAUUUCUAAUUGCCAUGAGCGUCGAGUCCUUUAGUGUUUUAAUUAUGCAAAUUAGUUGUAAUAUACACAGUAUCAAUCCACUGUGGGUUUGUGACUAACCAGGGGCAAGAACCGUCCAUAGCGAUCUCAAGGUCAGCUCUAAAUACAAACGGAGCAGUCCUGACUCCUCAAAAUCCCACCCGGAAGGACAGCCUGAAACUUCUCAGAGGCCUUCCUGAGUUACCCCUUUUCUGCAGGAUUUCUGUGGUUUCAAGACAACCCUCACUCCAGUGUCCCCUCAGGUCACUGUCUUGUUUCCUGAGUAGUAGUAAUAGGGUUUCAUCAUUCAUCACAGUGACAAACAGCCACUUAGCAUAUGACUAUAUAGCCGGCAAGUGGCUGAGGUGACCACAUUUUCCUCUACUGGGAGGUCCAGGCUCAGAAGGGAGACACACUGGAUGCCAGAGGGUCUCCUUAAUAAGAGUUAUUUUGUACAAAAUCAUCAUAUUAAUUAAUAUUUUAGUUAUUUUUAUUGUAUGCCCAGAGUUUGCAUGAGAUUUUUCUCAUCAUCUUUGUAUAAAGAUUUUAAAUUUUUUUUAAUUAAUAAAUAUUUUAAACCAG